GAUUGCUUCGUGCUGCAGUAAUUAGUAGUGAAUUCUACCUAGCGCUUAGGAAAAGCGUGUAUCAGGAUGGUAUCAUUGCAACGGCAGUAGCCGGCCUAGAAUUCAAGCCUAGUACGCAAAAGGCAUCAUGUCUAUUCGCUUACAACAGCUGAUCAAGGCGGUCCGCGCCUGCAAGACCGCAGCGGAGGAGCGCGAAGUGAUUGCGAAGGAAAGCGCUGCCCUGCGUGAGGCUUUUAGGGAGCAAGAUCAGUCCUAUAGGCAUCGAAAUGUUGCCAAGCUUAUGUACAUCCACAUGCUGGGCUAUCCGACUCACUUUGGCCAAAUGGAGACGCUUAAGCUCAUCGCGGGCUCGGGCUUCCCGGAAAAGCGCAUUGGGUACCUGGGGCUCAUGAUCUUGCUUGAUGAGCGCCAAGAGGUGCUCAUGCUUGUUACCAAUUCGGUCAAGAUGGACCUCAACAACACAAAGAACAUGUACAUCGUGGGCUUGGCGCUCGUGGCGCUUGGAAACAUCUGCUCAGCUGAGAUGGCCAGGGACUUGGCGCCAGACGUGGAGAAGCUCAUGGACUGCCCAGCGCCGUACAUUCGGAAGAAAGCGACCCUGUGCGCCAUCCGGAUUGUGAAGAAGGUUCCGGAGCUGUUGGAGCAGUUCGUGGACAAGGCGGCGGAGCUGAUGAACGACCGCCACCAGGCGGUGGUGCUGGCGGCGGCAACACUGAUGCUGCAGAUCGUGGAGCUGGACCCCUCCCUGGUGGACAAGUACCGCCCCUUCGUGCCGCACCUCUGCCGCAUCCUGCGCAGCCUGCUGCAGCCGGGAGGCUCGCCGGAGCACGACAUUGGCGGCAUCACCAACCCCUUCCUGCAGGUGAAGCUGCUGCGGCUGCUGCGGCUGCUGGGUCGGGGCCAUGCGGACUCCAGCGAUGCCAUGAGCGACAUCCUGGCGCAGGUCGCCUCCAACAUCGAGGCCAGCCGCAACGCCGGCAACGCCAUCCUGUACGAGUGCGUGCAGACCAUCAUGGGCAUCGAGUGCAUCGGCGGGCUGCGGCUGCUGGCCAUCAACAUCCUGGGCCGCUUCCUGGCCAACAAGGACAACAACAUCCGCUACGUGGCGCUCAACACGCUGGCAAAGGUGGUCAGCGUGGACACGCAGGCCGUCCAGCGGCACCGCGCUACCAUCGUGGAGUGCGUGAAGGACGCUGACGUGUCCAUCCGCCGCCGCGCGCUGGAGCUGGUGUAUUCGCUGGUGAACGAGGCCAACAUCCGCACCCUCACGCGCGAGCUGCUGGACUACCUGGCUGUCAGUGACGCGGAGUUCAAGCCCGACCUGACGGCCAAGAUUUGCAUGCUGAUCCAGAGGUUCGCCCCCGACCGGCGGUGGCACCUGGACCAGCUGCUGGCGGUGAUGCUGCAGGCCGGCGCCUACGUGAAGGAGGAGGUGGCUCGCGCGCUGCUGGUGCAGCUCACCAACACCCCCGACCUGCAGCCCUACGCCGCCCGCGCCAUGUUCCGCGCCCUGGCCGCGCACGGCGACUCCGCGGCUCCCACGCUGCUGGCCACCGCGCUGUGGGUGGUGGGCGAGUACGGCGAGAUGCUGCUGGCCAGCAUGGGCGGGCCGCUGCUGGAGGGGGAGCCGGCGCUGGCGGUCAGCGAUGCGGAUGUUGUGUCGCUGCUUGAGACGGUGCUGCGGCGGCACCGCUCCGAGGCGGCGGUGGUGGAGCACGUGCUGACGGCCGCCAUGAAGCUCACCGCGCGGCUGCCGGCGCAGGUGCCGCGGCUGCGGGCGCUCAUCGGCCGCUUCACCACCAGCACGCAGCUGGAGGUGCAGACCAGGUCGACCGAGUACGGCAAGGUAUUCUCGCACGAGCGCAUCCGGGCCCAGCUGCUGGAGCGCAUGCCGGCGCUGGAUGAGGCGGAGUACCUGCGGGCCAACAACCCGGAGGGGGCGGCAGCCGCGGGAGGUGCGGGAGGUGCUGCUGCUGCCGGCACCGCACGCCAUGCGAACGGCAGUGCGGGGGGCUCUGCGGGCGCAGCUCCUGCUGCUGCGGCUGCUGCCAAGGCUGCGGGCGCGUCGGACCUGCUUGGAGGGCUGGACGUGCUGGGCGGCGGUGGCGGCGGCAGUGCCCCCGCGGCCGCGCCCGCCCCCCGGGCCCUAGUGGACGACCUGGAUGCGCUGCUGGGCGGGGUGCCGGCGGCGGCGCCCGCAGCAGCAGGAGCCGCUGCAGCCGCCGCAGCCGCGCCCGCGGUGGCGGCGGUGUCCGAUGACCUGCUCAACCUGCUGGGAAUGGGGGCGGGUCCUGCAGCGCCGGCGGCGGUACCUGCGGCCGCGGCAACAGCGGCGGCGGUAGGACCCGCUCGCUUCCAUCCUGGGAGCAACCGCGCCCCCAGCGGCCCCCGCCGCACCCCUCCUGGCGCCACCCACAGCCAUCCCUGCCGCCCCCUCCUCAGCACCCCCACCGCCCCUGCCCGCCCCCGCCCCCGCUGCGGCCCCCUCCGCCUCCUCCCCCGCUCCCUCCUCCAUCGUGGCCUGGCAGCAGCACGGCCUGGUGGUCACCUUCAACCUGCACAAGCACCCCACCAACCCCGCCGUCACGGAGGUCAUGGCGGUAACGGUCAACAACACCCCAACCGACGUCAACGACUUCACGCUGCAGGUGGCCGUCCCCAAGUUCAUGCAGGUCAAGCUGGAGCCCGCCUCCGGCACCUGCCUGCCCGCCCGCGGCGGCAGCGUCAGCCAGAAGCUGUACGUGAACAACACGCAGCACGGCGCCAAGCAGCUGGUCAUGCGCCUGCGCAUCACGUUUGCGGUGGCGGGGGGGCAGAGCCACGAGGAGCUGGCGGAGGUGGCCAACUUCCCGCCUGGAUUCUGAGAUGGUCUGACAUCUGAGAGAGGCGCGCCUGGGUUGUGUAAAGGUUCUUAGGCAGGUCCGUGUAGGUGGUUCUGAGUUAUCCUGAGGCAUCCGUGAAGGUUCUGAAGCCCGUGCAGGUUCUGAGGCGUCCGUGUGGGUUGUGUGGACAGCAUGCAUGCUGGCUUUGUGUGUUUGUUGGUACGGCGGGUGGCGGUGUUAUGCGAGUGGGGACUGAAGCAUGGAGCUGUGGUGGUGCGUUGCCGCAUGCAGGGCGGUGGUGAGACACACCGCAGGGCGCUGGGAGCAGGGUUGGAAGGAAACGCGAGGAGAGGGCUUUACGGUGGGGCUCGUGCCUUUUGUGACUUGGUGGAAGUGGCGAGAAUGAGCGGUGCACUGCUCUCAAGAUGGAAGGCUGUUUGUGGCUGUCGGUUGUAUGCAAUAUGGACAACCGGUACUGAUAGCUGGUCAAAGUGAUCUCUUCGCCCAAGAGCCGUUAAUGUGCAUGACUUAGUAUCGCCUUCAGUAUCGCCAGUAUCUGGGGUGCGCGUUUUCUUUCCCACAGCUUUGCAUCCAUUCCCUACUGGACUACAGCCCUCACCUCUGAAGGUCAGAACCCGAAAGGGGUGUGGGAGGUGGGUAGCAUGGAAAGCGCCAUGGUCAAGGUAACUCGAGAUCAGAUGCUCACCGCUGCACGACUAGGGAUACGGUACCCAGCCGCUCACACAUUUAGGACAGCC